AUGGUCACGCCACUGAGAGAAGGCCAAGAGCUCCUUGGUGAAAGCGGCGACUCAUACUUGACCGUCAGCCCUUUGGGCAACCCCCAACCCGGCACAACUUCGAACGUCUGGACCGCCGUUGAUGCCGAAACGAACGGAAACGUCUUCAUUCUCAAGCAGCCGGCGGCCAACGACUACUUCGGCAGGUCCUGGCCCAAAUUCCAGACUGAGAUGGUCAUGCACGAGCUAUUCAAAGACUGUCGUUACAUCCGCCGUCAGAUUGACAGAAUACCGCCGCCGAGGAACUCGCCAGAUCCACCCAGGCUCGUCCUGGAACCGACCGAAUGCACUCUGACGGAUGCGCGGGAACUACGUCCACUCACGGAUGGAGAGAUCAAAACGAUCAUGAAACACGUCCUCCUUGGUCUCAAAGAAAUACACUCGAAGGGCUUGGUAUACGCAGAUCUGAAGAUGGACAACAUCUUUGUCAACGGCAUGCGUGAGACGGCCCGAGAGACCACGGACCAGCACUCUCUCAUUGCGAUGAUUGGCGAUCUCGGAAUUGUUAUGGAACCUGCUCAUGGAAAAGUCCAGCCUUUAGCAUACCGCAGCCCCGAGGUCCACUUCAAGAGCAUCAUCACUCCAGCCGCAGACAUAUGGUCCUGGGGCAUUAUCUAUGUCCACUUGCUCCAAGCCCAAGCAAAGUUCGGUCAACGUGGGAUUUACGAGAACGUCUCUGGAAUGCCAGCUGUGGAUGCGGAACAGAAGAUACGCCGCGAUAUGGCUGAUGACUUUGAACUCGACUCUGUCGAAUUCUAUCGCGAUUGCGUGCUCCCCACUGGUCACAGUCACAGUGAUGACGAGAUCUGGUCGGCAAGACUUCUCAACAUGGGCGCGCCGGAAAAUGCAGUCCGGUUUCUUGCUUGGGUCCUCAACCCAGAUCCCGAGAAGCGGCCGACGGCAGCUGAGAUCCUUCAGCAACCUUGGUUCGGUGGCAGUGGCAAGGCUUUCAACUUCACCGCAGCGCUACGGAGACCGAUCAUUCGCCCUACUGUUUCAACGCUCGGCAGAACAACAAGCGGCAUGCCCACGACUGGGUAUACUCCACGAAUCUCAGACGACUACAUGCGCCGGAUUGCCUUGGACAGAAGCGCUUCGUCUUAUGCGCCCAGUCCCGCCGCGACCCCUCAAUCGGUACACGAGAGUAGACCCUCCAUGCAGACGUCCUCUUCUUCGUACUUCGGCAGACCCACCUUCUCAACCUCCUCCAGCACGAUGUCAAUCCCUUCGAAAGAGGAGAUGGAGGCUGGGCGUCCAGAGUCCAUGAAGCCCGCGUGGUCGUACAAACGGGCACACUCUGCGUAUGAUCAGUAUGCCCCCGAGCAUAUGCGGCCCGCGCCUGCGGAGCAUGUGGCCUCGCACACGGAACCGUAUGUCGCGGGCGGAACGAAGCCAGCCGAAUCGGCACGGCCUGCUCCGCAACAGAGACCGAGCCAGCUCUGGAACACUCGGUUACUCGACAUACUUCAGGACAAUAAAUGA